AUGCACUUCCUUAACAGCCUCGUGGCCUUCGCGGCUCUGGCCUAUGCUGCCAGCCGAACUACAGCACCAUCUGGCGCGCUCGUCGUAGGUGGCAGUGGCAAAUACUCCACUAUCCAGGCUGCCGUCAAUGCUCUGAGCCGCACGAGUACUUCAGCCCAGAGCAUCUUCAUCAAUGCCGGUACCUAUAAGGAGCAGGUCUACAUCCAGACCUUGAAGGGACCCUUGACGAUCUAUGGUUCUACUGCUGAUACCACGUCCUACAAGAGCAACAAGGUCAUCAUUACCUCGUCUCAUGCUCUGGCUAACUCGGCGAACGACGAUGCCACUGGUACCUUGAGGGUGUGGACGACGAACUUCAAGAUGUACAACGUGAAUGUGAAAAACACCUAUGGACAAGCUGCCUCUAAUGGCCAAGCCCUUGCCCUCUCAGCUGAAGCUGGCGAGCAAGGCUACUACGGCUGUGCCUUCUACGGUUUCCAGGACACUAUCCUAGCCGAGACCGGCGUGCAACUCUACGCCAAGUCCUACAUCGAAGGCGCCGUCGACUUCAUCUUCGGCCAGACAGCUCAAGCGUGGUUCGAUGGAUGCGACAUCGGUGUCCUUGCCACGAGCUACGGCACCAUCACUGCAUCUGGCCGUACCUCCAACAACAAUGGCUGGUAUGUGAUCAACAAGGCCAACAUCCAAGCAGCGUCUGGCAACAGCGUCCCAGCGGGUGCCUAUUAUCUCGGUCGACCAUGGGGUGACUACGCAAGGGUCGUGUUCCAGAACACAGCUAUGUCGAAUGUGAUCAAUGCCGCUGGAUGGCACUCGUGGUCUUCUUCAAGCCCGCAGACCGACCAUGUUGUUUUCGAGGAGUACGGAAACACUGGUGCUGGCGCAUCGGGCAGCAGGGCUAGCUUCUCGAAGAAGAUCAGCUCCCCUGUUGCUAUUGCCAGUGUGCUUGGGAGUGGGUACAAAACUGCAAGCUACGUCGAUACGUCGUACCUUAGCUAG